CAACAUCAUGACAACAGAGAAGAGUUUAGUGGCUGAGGCUGAAAAUUCACAGCACCAACAACAGAAGGAAGAAGGUGAGGGAGUCACAAAUUCAGGUCAACAAGAAACUCAGCUGGAAGAGCUUUCUCAAGAGGCAGCUGAGGGAGAUAAUCAUUGUGAGCAGAAGCUGAAAACAUCUAAUGGAGAUACCCCUACACAUGAAGACUUAACCAAGAACAAGGAGCGGACAUCAGAAAACAGGGGUCUGUCACGGCUGUUCUCAUCAUUUCUCAAAAGACCAAAGUCUCAGGUUUCUGAGGAAGAAGGCAAGGACGUAGAGUCAGCUAAAGAGAAAUGUGAAGGAGGUCAGAAAGAGAUAGAAUUUGGAACCAGUCUUGAUGAAGAGAUCAUUUUAAAAGCCCCAAUUGCAGCUCCUGAACCUGAACUCAAAACAGACCCAUCCUUGGAUCUUCAUUCAUUAAGCAGUGCAGAAACUCAGCCUGCUCAGGAAGAACACAGAGAAGAUCCAGAUUUUGAAACUAAGGAAGGAGGGGGACUUGAAGAGUGCUCUAAAAUAGAAGUAAAAGAAGAAAGUCCUGAGUCAAAAGCAGAAAGAGAAUUAAAAGCUUCCCAGAAAUCAAUCAGAAGACACAGAAACAUGCACUGCAAGGUUUCUUUGUUGGAUGAUACAGUUUAUGAAUGUGUUGUGGAGAAACAUGCUAAGGGACAAGAUUUGCUUAAACGAGUGUGUGAGCAUCUCAAUCUUUUGGAAGAGGACUACUUUGGUCUAGCCAUUUGGGAUAAUGGAGCCUCUAAGACGUGGCUGGAUUCUGCCAAAGAAAUAAAAAAGCAGUUUCGUGGUGUCCCCUGGAAUUUCACAUUUAAUGUAAAGUUUUAUCCACCUGAUCCAGCACAGUUGACAGAAGAUAUAACAAGAUAUUAUUUAUGCCUUCAGCUCCGACAGGACAUAGUUUCAGGACGUCUGCCCUGUUCCUUUGCAACCUUAGCAUUAUUAGGUUCUUACACCAUCCAGUCUGAGCUGGGAGACUAUGACCCAGAACUUCAUGGUGCAGAAUAUGUUAGUGAUUUUAAACUGGCCCCAAAUCAGACCAAGGAACUUGAAGAGAAGGUCAUGGAACUGCAUAAGUCAUACAGGUCCAUGACUCCAGCUCAAGCUGACCUGGAAUUUCUUGAGAAUGCCAAAAAGUUGUCUAUGUAUGGUGUUGACCUUCAUAAAGCAAAGGACUUGGAGGGAGUGGAUAUCAUCCUAGGUGUCUGCUCUAGUGGCCUUCUGGUUUAUAAAGAUAAGCUGAGAAUCAACCGCUUCCCUUGGCCCAAAGUUCUGAAGAUUUCUUACAAACGUAGCAGCUUUUUCAUCAAGAUCCGUCCUGGAGAGCAAGAACAAUAUGAGAGUACCAUUGGAUUCAAACUUCCCAGUUACCGAGCAGCUAAGAAAUUAUGGAAAGUUUGUGUAGAGCAUCACACGUUUUUUAGACUGACAUCAACAGAUACCCUUCCUAAAAGCAAAUUUCUUGCACUGGGAUCCAAAUUUCGAUACAGUGGCCGGACUCAGGCUCAGACCAGGCAAGCUAGUGCUCUGAUUGACAGGCCUGCCCCACACUUCGAGCGUACAGCAAGCAAACGGGCAUCCCGGAGCCUUGAUGGAGCAGCAGCUGUUGAUUCAGACCGAAGUCCUCGGCCCACCUCCGCACCAGCCAUUGCUCAGAGUCAGGAUGCAGAAGGCACCGUUCCAGGUGCACCUGUCAAAAAAACAGUCGUUUCUAAAGCACAGAAGGAAACAGUGAAGGAUGAAGAGAAAAAGGAAGAAGGGCCACCUGACCAAGCUGAGCCAGAGCCCACAGAAGUGUGGAAGGAUUUAGACAAAAGUCAAGAAGAGAUAAAAAAGCAUCAUGCCAGCAUCAGUGAGCUGAAAAAGAACUUCAUGGAAUCUGUACCAGAACCACGGCCUAGUGAGUGGGAUAAACGCUUAUCCACUCACUCCCCAUUCCGAACACUUAACAUCAAUGGGCAGCUUCCCACAGGAGAAGGACCUCCCCUGGUGAAGACUCAAACCGUCACCAUCUCAGAUACUGCCAACUCGGUGAAGAGUGAAAUCCCAACCAAAGAUGUCCCUAUUGUUCACACUGAAACCAAGACCAUCACUUAUGAGGCUGCCCAGACCGACGACAGCAAUGGGGACUUAGACCCAGGAGUAUUGCUGACAGCUCAGACCAUCACAUCUGAGACCACAAGCAGUACAACCACAACUCAGAUUACUAAGACUGUAAAAGGUGGGAUUUCAGAGACCCGGAUUGAGAAGAGAAUUGUGAUCACAGGAGAUGCCGAUAUUGACCAUGAUCAGGUCCUCGUACAGGCCAUCAAGGAGGCAAAGGAGCAGCACCCAGACAUGUCAGUGACCAAGGUGGUCGUCCAUCAGGAGACUGAAAUCUCUGAGGAAUGAGCUCAGGAACUGUCCUACCCCAAAUCCCUGCCUGUCUCCCAUCCGAGAGAAAAACCAGCAAAAUGAUAAAGAAGCUUACCUGCAAUAGUCAGACAUCAGGCUUUCAAAAUUACUCUAAACCACCAGAAAAUUAAUUUCAUUUUCUAUUUGGAGUUUAUACCAAGA